UUGGAAGAAACCUAUGUGCAAAACGUAUACUUAGGCGCUUUAAUUAAAACUGAGAAUGUUGAAAGGGAAAGAUCUAAAACUGGUACGGGGAAGAAACUGAGUUGUUCACACAAAUAUUAUAUUAAAUUAGGAAAUAGAAAUAUACAAAUUUGCAGAAAUGGCUUUGCAUCUAUCCAUGGAAUAUCCAAAAAGCGUGUAGACAAUGUUGCUAAAGAGUAUCGGGAUCCUACUGUAACUACACCAGCACAGUCUAAUCGUGGAAAACAUCAAAAUAGACCAAAUCGUAUUCCAAGUGAAUGGGUUUCUAAAUUUGACUCUCAUAUUAGAAGUUUCCCACGUCGCGAGUCACACUACAGUAGAAAUAAAAGCUCACGUUAUUAUCUGUAUCCAGAGGUGAACAUUAAAAGGAUGUACGAGUUAUAUUUGAAAAAGCAUGAGCUUGGUCUUGAAGCAUCUGCUAAGCCUAUAGUAUCAUUUGAUUUUUACUGCAGAUACUUUAAACAAAAUUUUAAAUACAGUUUUGGGUCACCUCGUUCAGAUACUUGCAAGAAGUGCGACAUGCUGAGUAACAAACUAAAAGAUAAGACAUUGGAUAGCGAUGAAACCCAACAAAUACAGAUAGAGAAGAGUCUUCAUCAAGCCAAGGCCGACACUUUUUUUUGUUGA